AUGAAGGCGCGAGGAACGAAGACGUUGCUGCAAGCGACAACUCGCAGCGUGAAGUUCAGUCCCAGCGCGAGAAACGAGCACUGGGACGAACGCUUGCUUACUAAACAAGCGGGAGAAGAAGAGACGCGCUCACCUGACAUACGCCGCUACGUCUCUUCCUCAUCGCCACGACAUUCGCUACCACGCUGUGUAGCAGAUUCUUCUUCUCGUAGCUCGAUUUCUGCAUAUCCAUCUUACACGGCCAUCAUGCCUAAAGGACCUCAGCCUCUCGGUAUUUCUGGGAAGUCCACUCAAGACAUGGUGAGAGAACUCGACGCGCUAGCCCGCCGCGGCGAAGCUUCGCGUAGCUCCUGGCAAGGUGCCUCAGCGGUGGCUAUCGAGCGCGAGAACGAAGAGCGCGCCGCGCGUUACACGGCUAGGUUAGACCGGCGCGAUGGCGGCGACGAGGCCGUCUCGGACGAUGAGUUAUUCAUUGAUCUCGACGGAAACGAAAUUCCCGCUGACGAUGAAGGGACUGGGGAGACUCUUAAGAACCCUGCAGACAUACUAGCCGAUGCAACCCCACUUGCGACGGCUAUACACGGCAUGUCUCUGUCCUCGAAGGCGGCGUUUAUGAAGGCCUUCCAGGUGCUCACGGACACGCAUAUACCCAGUAAAGAGGCGCAUAUACGCCUCAAAGAGGCGCAUACAGGCCCUAAAGAGGCGCAUACAGCCGCCAAGGAGGUCAUCGAUGCCUCUGAACAGGCAGGUUUCGAGAUUCCUCCGGCCGUCCUUAAGCUCGCGUCAGCGCAGAUCCACAUCCCUUUGACGCUGGUUACUUCGAACGCUAUUCGGAGAAUGCACUUGGAUCCGACUUCUCUCUGGACGAGGAAGUUGACUACGAAUUCUGGCUCACGCGUAGAUAUCAUCGACCUCGCCAGAUGGCCCGAGGAAGAGUCCCUUCCUGUAGGGUUAUUCACCGAGGCUUGGAAGAACCUGCUGAAAGUCUAUCGGAAGCUUGCGGACAAGGAGAUCAUUGAGCUAUUCCAGACUCAUUAUGACUACAUCACAUCUCUGCUGCACUUUUACAGGGUUUACAAGGCCAUCCUUCGGUUCGACUGUGAGGUGCGUCGAACAUGGAUGAACGAGCCUUCAACCUUCUCUCCCGAGGAUGCGAAGUACCAAAACUGCCUGGAGAAGAUCCAGGUGGAGAUGAUGCGGGAGGGCUACGGUGCGGAGCCAUAUGGCACGUGUGACUCCUCUAACAGGUUCCGCCCAUAUCCUCGCAGUGAAGGCCACACUCGUAACGGAGGUAAACGUGCACCCGAGCGCUCCAAGCCCUUUCGCGAGGGCAAAUGA